CGCUCGGGGUUGACACAAGAUGGCGGUGCUGCUGGAGACCACGGCCGGUGACAUCGUCGUCGACCUUUACACCGAGGAGCGGCCCCGGGCCUGUUUGAAUUUUUUGAAGCUUUGUAAAGUCAAGUAUUAUAACUAUUGCCUCUUCCAUAAUGUUCAGAAAGGCUUCAUUAUACAAACUGGUGACCCAACUGGGACUGGCCGUGGAGGAGAAUCUAUUUUUAGUAAGCUGUAUGGAGAUCAAGCCAGAUUUUUUGAGGCAGAAAAGGUGCCUCGAAUUAAACAUAAGAAAUAUGGGACUGUUUCCAUGGUGAAUAAUGGGAGUGAUCAGCAUGGAUCUCAGUUCUUAAUGACUGCAGGAGAAAACCUGGAUUACCUGGAUGGUGCACAUACUGUGUUUGGUGAGGUGACUGAAGGCAUGGAUGUUCUGAUGAAAAUCAAUGAGGUCUUCGUUGACAAGGAUUGCUGCCCAUACCAAGAUGUUAGGAUAACCCACACAGUAAUAUUGGAUGAUCCAUAUGAUGACCCUCCAGGUUUGCAAAUUCCUGAUCGUUCACCAGAACCAACCAAAGAACAGUUGGAUAGUGGAAGAAUAGGAGCUGAUGAAGAAAUAAAUGACAACAAAGGAAUGUCUGUAGAGGAAGUUGAAGAAAAAUUGGCAGAGAAAGAAGCAAAGACAAGAGCCAUUUUGCUGGAAAUGGUCGGAGAUUUGCCAGAUGCAGACAUCAAGCCCCCUGAAAAUGUGCUGUUUGUUUGUAAACUCAAUCCAGUUACCACAGAUGAAGACUUGGAAGUUAUUUUUUCAAGAUUUGGAUCAAUCAAAAGCUGUGAGAUCAUUCGAGACGGGAAAACUGGAGAGUCUCUCUGCUAUGCCUUCAUUGAGUUUGAAAAGGAUGAGGACUGUGAAAAAGCCUAUUUUAAGAUGGACAAUGUGCUGAUAGAUGACCGGAGAAUACAUGUGGACUUCAGCCAAUCUGUAGCUAAAAUUAAAUGGAAAGGGAAAGGUGGAAAAUACACCAAGGAUGAUUUUUUGGAGUAUGAGAAAGACCGUGGUAAAAAUUCCAAUGUUGCUCUGAAGGAUAAAGCAAAACCAAAACAGGACUCAAAAUAUGAACUGAUGCUGGAUGCGGAUGAGGUGGGUGCAAGCCACCGACACUUGAAGAAACACCACAAAGAGAAAAGACAUCAAUAUUCAGAUGAGGAAGAAAGUGACAGACACAAGGCAAAGUGCAAGGCAACAACUGACAAAAGCAGCAGUUAUGAGGAUGAAUAUUGCAAGGAAAAGGGGAGGAGUGAAAAGAAACGAGACCAAUAUCGGAGCCGAAGCAGGAGUACAUCCCAAGACAAAGAUGACUACCACAAGCGAAGUAAAAAGAAAUCGAGAAGCAGGGAUGAAGAAAGGAAAAAAGACAGAAAAAGUCCUAAACGAUCAAAAGAUAGAGAGCGUGAUAGAUACCGAUAAACUACAUUUUAUGAAUUGUAAUGCUCAUGAUUUAUUAAGUUUUUGUUAAUAAAAUCAUUUGCAAAUGAA